AUGCACGCCUUUUCCAUACUCACCCUUGGGAUAUUUGUUGCGGGCUAUAUCACCGCGCGGUGGGACCUUGUCACUCGCUUGUACGAGUUGGCAAUCUUUGCCUGGGAUCACGGCGUUGUGUGGCUUUGCGCCGAUGAAAUCCGCUGCAAGAGGAUGUCAUUCACAGAAUUCUUACUGACUCGAUAUGCUUUCAGCAUCCGCGCCACGUCAAUCUGGGCGUCUCCGCACGAGAACAGCUACGACGCCGAGGCUCGUUCUGAGAGUCCCGAGGAUGAAAAUAUGCUAAUGAGUGACGGGUUAUUACGGGUAUUCUGGCCGUAUGAUUUGCCGCGGUCUUCAAGCUCAGGGGUGAUUGUAGGAUGGCGCAAUUCCGAGCUGGACUUUUUUGUUCUCAUGGUUUUGGAAGAAGUUGAGCCAUGGGAUGCUGAUUCAUCGCUUUUUGGGAGACAGCCACGAAAUGUCGACAAUGCACUGCGCGCUGGGAUACUCUUCAGAAAUGCGCCGCAUCCGAUUGUUCGCAUAUUCAGUUUGUGCGGCCGAUCGCAAAUGCAUGUCCUUGGCUCAACAAAUCCUCGCUCGCCCCCGGACACGUUCAGCUCCUCUCAUCUGUAUGUGAAUACGCAGACCAGCACGAGGGCGCCACAAAUAUACUGCCCACCGGACAUGAAUCUCUCUGUGCAGGUAGUCAUGUAUGACCGCCCGCACCCAACCCGUAUGGAGUACAUGUCCUUAAAUCCGAUUUCAUUGGCUUUGGGCGAUAAGAAAGUCUCGGCAGAGCAACUUGGGCUCUUGUCUGACAAGAUUGAUUCCGAGGAGGCAAAGGAGAAGGCCCAGGCUCAAGCGCUCGUUGAGAAACUCAAGUUCCAUACCGUUGUCAAGCAUACGCCGUCACAGAAAGAACAAGCCCUGCCGCUCAUCAUAAAUCAGAUCAAUUGUGCCUAUGAAAUGGCUCAACUGAUGCACAGAAAUUCCAAUUUGAUCGGAAUCCGUGCUAAGCGGAGCAUGAGCGUUGGAGAGCGAGUGGUCGAGUCGGCCACCACAUUGUGGGGCUUCGUUGUUCUGUGUCUGGCUCAUGUCUUUUGGCAGUGGAUGUGGCCUGUCAUCACCAGAGUGUUUGUGAUAGGCCUAGUGGGACACCGAUCUGUCGCUGAGAUUGUUUUGCAAGUCCUUGAGUGGCGAGCUCGACCAGAUGCCGCGGCUAUCAAGGAUAUUUCCGCGACUGCACAGCAAGUUGAUAUAAGGUUGCAGCAGUUUUGUUACUGGCCGAUUCAGUAUGUCAAGCUUCGUCAACGCAAAGACAACUGGGAGAGUGUCACUACUAGUCAUCCAGACUACAUCCGUUUCUACAACAGUUUGUGGCUGGUGGCUAAUGAUGUAAUCAUCGGCAUUGCUUUGGGGUCCUACAUCAUUGACAAUGCGAAUUGGGUGGCAUCCCAGAUCAAUACCGUCCUUACCGGCUGGACUGUGGAGGGCUUACAGCGUACGAUAUCGUGGCUGAUGGACUGGCCGGCCGGCUUGAAGCUCAACAAUGAGCUCGCAGCAUUUCUUGGUGAUCUUUUCCUCUGGGUCAUUGAGAACUGGGCUGCCUGUAUCGCAAACCUGCAGCCGUAUCUGCCUCACAUCAUCUACAUUGUGGGAUGCUCGAGCUUUGCCGGUGCCAGCAUGCCAAUCGCCCUCUUCUCGGACCUGUUGUCCAUUCUCACCGUGCACAUUUACUCCUUCUACAUCGCAUCUGCCAGAAUUUUCAACUGGCAGCUGACCAUCAUAAUUUCUCUUUUUCAUCUGUUCCGAGGCAAGAAGCGCAAUGUUUUGCGCAAUCGAAUAGACUCAUGCGAUUACGACCUCGAUCAGCUUCUACUGGGCACCAUUUUGUUCACUGUUCUUUUCUUCCUUCUCCCCACCGUGAUUGUGUUCUACCUGACGUUUGCCUCCGCCCGAAUGUUGAUAAUUACCAUGAAAGCCGGCUUUGAUACCUGCCUGGCGUUUCUGAAUCACUUCCCGCUUUUUGCGCUCAUGCUGAGGGUCAAAGACUCGCGACGUCUACCGGGAGGGAUUCGGUUUGAGUUGCGGGAGUCGCUAGGUGGGGGCCUCAAUGCCGCAGACUUAUCCGCUGUAUCCUACAUUCAUCUCGAGUCUAUUCCACUCUCACUACGCGCCAUGUUCGACCAAUACUUCCAGCUUGGUCACCGUCUUCGCAAGCAUUACCUGGCGCCUCGUGUGAUCUUCUGUCUUAUGACCGGGCGUUUUGUCCCCCCAAUUCAUCGCCGCAACCUUUACAGUAUGCAGUAUAGCAUGCUUCCAGCACGGCGUGCAGGUAUGAGCGAGGUUUGGGCCCUGUUGACCCAGCCUAAGAAAGGCGGAAAUGGAAGUUCGAGUGUUAAUACGUCUGGAGGACUUGGCGCUUUGAAUAAUCCCCUCCCCAAAGUUCCGCCUCAUUUUGGACAAGGCGAUCUUCGCCGCAGAGGGAGCUAUCGCUGA